AUGCCGUCGAUGGAGAAGCUCUACAUCCGCGAGCUCAGAGGGCGUGAGCCGGAGGGCGUCGACGCCCUGAUCCUGGACAACGCCGAUGGUGGCUUGAUCGGCGGGAUCAACAAAAAUCUCACCAAUCUGGAGGCAACCAUUAUAGUUUUUCCCAUUCUAAAUUUAAUUUUAUUUAUUUUCAGUUGCUGAGCAUGGUCAAGUGUGGGUUGACCACUCAAAGAAAUGCCGGUGCUCCCAGCCCUCAACUAUUUGGAUCUCAGCGACAACGAGCUUGGAGACGACGCUUCGUUCGACGUCCUCAUUAGCAGCGCUCCGAAGCUCAAGAGACUCACGCUUUCCGGAAAUCCCCUUUCGCUGGAAAAGGUGCGAACGUUGAGGAUGCUCCCCUAUCUACAGGAGCUGGAUCUGACGAAUAUUCAAGCUCUCGGAGCUUUCGAUGAUUAUCGUUCAGUCGUAUUUGAAAUGAUUCCAUCAUUAAUUAUUUUGAAUGGUGUAACUAUUGUCGGCGAAGACGUUCCGAACUACUCAAGAAUUCCGAAAUCAAUUCGUGAGGACGCCGAGAAAGAGAGGCAAUGGAUAAUUCUGUGGCAGUUAUUGUCGAGUCCCAAGAGCGAAACAAGACCCCGACACAAGAAGUACCUAUUAGCCACGUCAUUACUUCUCUCCAGCAGGAUAUUCGAUCAGUUGUGGCGAAACUUUGCGUUGGAUCGAUGUCUGACUUCUCGAGGGACGCUCUAUUGAUCAGGGAAAGAUUAAAUUCGCCUUUCACAUCACAAUGGCUCACAGAACACGCUCGUCUCCCCAUCGAAUCGAGACUUCCCUUAAUCGGGAUUUGGCAACUCGUCGGACCGUCAGUGAUUCGUAGUGCUGUUAUCGCUCAAGUGUACCGCUUACUUGUUGUUAAGUACGAAGGGAGGAUGCUGAAGGAUGUAUGGAAGGAUGGAUUGCAAGUUAAUGGAGUGAAGGUUUUGGAGCUGAUGCUCUCACGCGUGUAUAAGAUGGACUAA